AUGGCCGGAUCUGUCUCCCCUUCUCUCUCUCCGACACCGACCGACUCUCUCUUAGCCUUCUUACUCGACGGCCGCCGGCGUUGCUCCCUAACAGGCGACUCUCCCUUUUUCGACGCCUUCCUCUCUUGGCCCUUCCGUCGAUCGGAACGGGAUGCUUUGAGCAAGUUAGAGGAACUACACAUGGGUGAGAAUGAGCUGAACGCAGUGGUCAUAUCCCAAGGUGCAAGAGGCUUAAAGAAUCUCAAACUUGUUUAUUUAAGCGGAGUUAAUGCCACUAACAGCAGCGUCUUACUGCGGUCAUUGGGCUGCUUCCCGUUACUGAAGACUCUUCACCUUGAAUUUAAUAAAUUUAACGGAACAGAGACUAUUCAAGAGCUGCGUAAUUUGACCAACUUGGAAGAGUUAUUCUUGGAUUACUCUGUUCUGCAAAACAACUUUCUUCAACGCGUCGGAGAAUUGACUUCUCUUAAACUGUUGUCUUUGGCUGGAGGUUGGACCAGUGACAGCCCACCUAAUAUUAGAGGUUGGACCACUGACAGCCCACUUAAUAUUGGAGAACUAAGAAGACUUGAACUUAGCAAUAACUCUCUAUCGGGGCAUUUUCGAUUGCCAUUUCAUGCAUCCAUGAAGUUAAACUACUUGGAUAUCUCCAAAAAUAUCUUUGAGGGCCACAUUCCAGUAGAAAUUGGAGCAUAUCUGCCACAGUUGCAAUUUCUAUACGUUUCAAGAAAUUCUUUUAAUGGUAGCAUUCCCUCUUCAAUUGGUGACAUGAAGUUUUUGGAAGAAUUGGACUUAUCCAACAACAGUUUGACCGGCGUAAUACCUGAGUCUCUUUCCUUGAGUUGCUCCUUCUUAAAAGUCUUGAAUUUAUCAAACAACAGCUUGGAGGGCCAAAUAUUCUCUGCAAAUUUCAAGCUAACUAAAUUGAGGUAUCUAAGAUUGGAUGGUAAUCACUUCACUGGAAUGAUCCCAAAUAGCUUGUCCAAUUGCUCAACCUUGUCAACAAUCGACGUCAGUCAUAACUAUCUUUCUGGUGAAAUCCCAGGGUGGAUGAGGAAUCUGUCAAAUUUGAAAGAAAUAAUCAUGGCCAAUAAUCAUCUUGACGGUCCUAUGCCAGUGGAGUUUUGUCAACUUAACAUGCCAGGAGUUUUGGACCUUUCAAUGAACAGUAUAUCUGGCACACUACCAUCUUGCUUCGGCCUACCAUGGAUAAACCAUGUUCAUUUGUCUAAAAACAGACUUCGAGGACCAAUACCAGACAAACUUUGCAAGAGCUCUAACCUGGAGACGAUGGAUCUCAGCAAUAACCAUUUAACUGGCAAUAUCCCAAAUUGCUUUGGCAAGCUUUCUAGCUUGAGUUAUCUUGUCUUGAGCUACAAUAAUCUUGAAGGUGAGAUCCCAAUUCAGCUUUGUCAGUUGGACAAAUUAAGUGUGAUUGCCCUUUCCCAUAAUAAUCUUUCUGGUCGCAUCCCUCAUUGCCUGAACGUUACCCCACAUGAGGAAAUUAAAGGUUAUGUUCAUGAAUAUGAUUUUCGAUAUGAUGAGGGGAAGAAUCUUAACAUACUUGUGUGGAAUCGAUCUUUUCUAUAA